UCCAUGUAUGAUGUGUGGAGAUAGCACCACUGGCGGACUGACCAUCCGGAAAGACUGCCAACUCCAUGCGUGCUAUGUCCACCUACACUCCUGUGUGGGAGCAACUGGGAACAACCUGUUGAUGACUUUUCCACAGAAUAUUCUAGGAACCCUGAUCUAGAGAAGAUUUGUGGUUAUUCAGCGUCACCAUCCUAAGAACCUGAUCAUGGGAGAGUGCAUUUCUGUCCGUGUUCUACUGAUGUUUUUGGCUCUAAUCAGCUAUCUAACUGCACUGACAUUCAACAUAUUGGCUCUGUUUGGACCAUGGACUGGGGCUUUUAUGCAAACCACACAGUAUGUGCUGUACAAGUCGACAACUCACCUAACCCCUGAUAGAUGGGUGCUCUUUCUAUUGGAUGUCCUCCAUGUCUGGUUGAUUGGCAUGUUCAUCUACCUGAUACACAAUAUCCGUAGAAGGGACGCCUAUACAUGGAUGUACACCACACCAGCUGUCCUGCCAUAUGGAUUCUAUUUGUCCUGGAUUGUAAAUAGCAUUUUGAAUAUGUCAUGGUUAUUUAUGUACGACAAAGAUUUCUGUGUCUGUCAUAGAAAGAUGGUGCCAACACUCCUGAUAACGGCGUUACAGGCCGUCUCAAACUGUGUAAUUAUAAUGUUCUCCUGCUACGGACUGGUUGUCUAUGGAGCAUGGCUUCACAAAUAUCACAACGCAGAUCUCUGGCUCAUUCGAAUACUGGUGCAAAAUGGAGUGGCUAUAUAUGCAACAUGGUGGGCUGUGGCUACCUUUUUACACUUGACUGUCGUUUUGGACCAUCAAACCCCAAUACCCAAGACAGAUGCUGCAAUAAUGGUACUAGUUCUGCUCCAGCUGGGACUCAUUGGAUGGUUUAUCUUAGAGAACUGGUACCUGGAUAAGCAUGUGCGCUACAUCCUCACAGUUUACCCUGUGGUGAUCCUGGUGUUGGCUGCCAGUGUGGCUAAUCCAGCAACCCCCGGUACCCACAUAGAUAUCAUGUCUGCUGUCAUCUUGGCUAUAACCAGUGUAAUAUUUAUUGUACGUAUCGUCAUGGUGUUAUGGAAGCACAAGAAGAAGCCGUUCUACGGAGAAGAGGAGCUCAUGUCACCUGUGGACAUAGCUAGGACCCAGAAGCUCAUUUUAAUGUGAAGGAAGACAGCUUCUCUAGAUAUUAGUCUCUAACCUUUUCUGGACUUUGUUGUCCUGAACAUUAAUCAGCUAAGACCAACGUGAUGAAAUCCUCACUGUGUCCACAACUUGUACUGUAUACAGAAAUGUGCCCCUCAUUAUAAGCUUUCCAUAUGACAUGGGGGACUCUGCACAGGCUAAUGCUAACGUCUUUAGAAGUUAAUUAAAUCAAAUAUAUAACUUUCUGUCAAAAUGAACUGUAAUGCUCUUAUGAAUGCUAAAGCAAUAUUAAUGUUUUUAUUUUACUUCAUUACUUUUAUCACCACCUUUUUCUUUUCUACCUUUGUGUUUAUGUAAGUGCUGAAUUGUAAAGUGCUUUGGACUGCAUUUAUGUCACCUAUACAAAUAAAGGUUAUCAUUGUACUUAUUAC